AUCCUCUAGAGAAAAUAUGGAGAGCAAAAGAAUGGCGAUGCUAGCGAUGAUGAUGUUAGUGAUGGGGAACCUUCUGAUUGAGUCAGAGGCUAUAUCUUUCGGUCCUUUCCAAGAAUGUUACACAGGCUGUGUUGGGGUUUGUGUUACAUCUGCGGAGUCAGCUAAAAAGUUGUUAUGUCCUUUCACGUGUAUCAAGGACUGUCUACAUCCUAAAGUUUCUUCUGAAGUAAAUCUAAAUGAAAUUGACGACACUGAUUAUUUCUGCAAACUUGGAUGUGCUACCGAUCGUUGUAUGUCACCCUCAAUCGAAGAUAAGGAUCAUGCACAGAAAGUUUCAGAAUGUGUGGAUUCAUGCUCAGAUAUGUGCUCUUAGAAGGCGCUAAAACCUACAUUAACUGAUUUUUUUCUAUGAAAAUUAAUCCAAAUAAAAAUAUAUAAAUCAG